AUGGCCCUCAUUUCACAACAAGAUGAAAAAGAAUUAAAAGAAGCCUUCUCUCUCCUAGAUAUAAAUGGUGAUGGUCUUGUUUCCGAAAAGGAAAUGGAAGGAUUAUUGAAAAGUAUGGGAUUGAAGGAAUCAAUGAUUAAAUCAUCAAUUUCUGAUGCCAAAAAAUCAAAUUUAUCUGGAAAGGAUGGUAUUGAAUUGCAAGGAUUCAUGUCAGUUGUCAAUAAAUUAAUUAGAGAUGACAGUAAAUCAGAGGAUAUUAUUGAAGCAAUGAGAGUUUUUGAUACAAAGAAUGUUUUUAGAAUUGAAGCUAAGGAAUUUAAAGAUCAAAUUCAACAAGCAACUGGUCUUUCGGAUGAAGAUUGGGAAGAAUUAAUGAAGGAGGCAAAUAUUGAUGGUGAAGGAACUUUUGAUUAUCGUGAAUUUGCUUCACGUUUAUGUUCUAAACAAUAA